UUUGCUACGAAUCAUACCAGAACACAAAGUGACGUUUUCCACGUUGUGAAUCCGAAUCGGGGGUUUCGAGGUGUUUGGUGAGGUCACCGCGUGGCUGGAACCUGGGGUUGAUCCGUUCCGCGGGACCAGGAACCUUCGUGACUUCACCUGAUCAGAUGAACUUUACAUCAAGUCCUUUUCAACCCGAGAAACCACACAAAAAUUCCGCUCCGUCACAGGCACCAACCUCCCAAGAGCUACUCCACCGAAGAUGACAUCCCUCCGCCCCUUCCACGCAACAGACGUCUUCAAAUUCAACCCCACCAACCUGGACCCUCUGACCGAGACUUACGACCUAAAUUUCUACUUCUCCUACCUAGCUCGAUGGCCACACCUCUUCAACGUAGCUGAGGGUCUGGACGGGACUAUCGAUGGCUACAGCACUGCCCCUCUAUCCCCUCUACGAAAGUCUCCGCUAACGUUGUCCCAGUAAUGGGCAAGCUCGAAUCUUCCCCAAGCUACUACAUCCAUUCCGAGCAUUACCUCCCCUUCCACGCCCACAUUACCGCUCUGACUGUUGCC